AUGUCCGAACAAGAUUACUUCUCCCUCGAUUCUCCGAGGGAGCACGCAGUAGACCAUUGGGCGGGUCCCACUGAUAGAGAGAGGUUGGGCCCUGAGAGUUUACAGAAAUCAGUGCUCAUAGAAGGACAAGGGGCGUCCUCGAACAAGGGCGCCGGUUCACCCAAGCUGCAAAGUCCGAGGAGACCGGAAAGUCACCACACAAGUUUCUCUGAUUAUCCACACAGUGGGCAUGCUGUCAGGCCUGUGACUAUGAGCCGGUUUUCAUCCACACCAGGGGUCUCCUCACUGCACCACAAAAUAUUGACUCACAAGGAUGGCACUACAAGAAGACCCCUGACGAAUACUCUGAUGACUCAACUUGAAAGGGGGCAGUUACCACCUUACACGGCAGAGCGGAGUAAGAUACGAUCCAAAUCCUUGGUGGUCCCCAGUGGCAGGGAAACAAGAAAAACUAUCUCCUUGGAGCUAGACCCCUCUAGUCCGACUCUAAUCCACUUCUCACCCCUCUCGAGGGAAGCUUUGUUUAAUUACAGGCGUAGCAGCACUUCAAAUCCUACUACACCAAAGGGGAUACAAUAUAUUAUUCCGUCGUCACAGUGUGCUACAGAGACAUGGUCGCCCCUAACGUCCAUACCGUCUAGUAGGUCGAGCAGCAUUCGACCAGACUCUGCCAGCUCAAUUGGUACUUUCCCAACUGUCAAGAAACAGUACAUUUUGAACGAACAGCUGUAUUUGAGCAAACUGAAAAGCUCAAUCCCAGAUGAUGAUUACUAUACUAGAAGAAUAACACCAGGAGCGUAUCUGAAUGUAGAUACGGAUGACGACCAGGGGGAACAUUUGGAGUACCCCUUAGAAUUAAACACAGCAGUGAAUGGUAAUGAAGAUUUUACAAGCACAGGUAGUAUAGUGACCCCCCAUGCGGAAGAAACCCACUUUCUCCAUCCAGACUUUAUUAAACAAAGAUUGAACUCGCUACAAUAUUCAGAUUCAGAGACGACUACGGGUGACAUUCUCGAUUCAGAUAUGAGUGGGCUUAUAACCGAUUCUCGUGUGUCAAGGAGAAUUGAAUGGCAAAGACUGCUGACCUCUGUGUUGCGUGGGGAUAUUGUGAAAAGUGAAAAGACCAAAAUAAUCAAGGAAAAUAUAGGUACAAACUUUGGUAAACACUAUGGAUAUGAUUUAUGGUUGGAUUUGAGGGCUUGGUUGUCUGGUAAAUCAAGUGCACAGUUAUCACAAAACUUAAUAGUCCUCAGAAAGCUUUCAGACGAUAUAAUUGUAGAGAUUCUUAAUUUCAGAGUACCCAAAGAAAUUGCAGGUGACCGAGUUUUGAUAGUCGAUGAAUUGAAGAAUUUAAUGAAUAAAUAUUACAAGAUACUGGGAUACUGGCCCAACAUACGAGAUAUGGCAAAGGACAAGCCCGUUAUUACCAGCCUCGAACUGACCGAAACAAUUGACACAAUAAACAAUUGGCUAAACCUUCGCACAGGGUUCCUGCAUGUCACGAAGCAUCUUAAGCAAUGGACAAACGGGGGCAACUCGAACUUUGACGAAUCAUAUGAAUUAACCAUUUCAACAGCUUUAGUUGGACAGCUCAUCAAAGAGAAAGAUAUUGAAAAGAUUUUUGAAAAAAAGGUAUUCUCGCAGUUGGCACCCUGGCUGGCAAAGGGGAAAAUUUUUUGUCUGAACUAUCAGAAUAUUAUGGCUAAAAUGAAUCUCACUUGCGAUUAUAAAUGGAUUGAGGAACUGCUUUUAUUUCCGAUGAGACUCUUGAAAGAAGUUAUUCUUCUACGUAUCGUAUAUGCUGAAAAAAUCAAAACACCCACAAUGAUGAUGGUGGACCAAACGAUUGAAAAUUUAACUUCUUAUAUCAAACUGGCAGUGCAAUUAAAAUACACAUUGGUUGAAUAUACCACGGAUUUGCCAUUUCAUAUUCCUUUUGACCCAGAUUUUGACGAAACGGUGCUAAAGGCACUAUCAUUGCUAUUCACGUUUCUUCACCUGAAAAUCUUGGAGUGCAACAAAAUGUCAUACCCAUUUUUCAAAGAAGUCGAUGUCUUAUUGAAGCAUUGGGAGGAUUUGAAAAAUGUAGGCCAAUAUGUGAAAUACUCUGGGGCAUUGAUAGCUAGCGAGUUUAGUAAAUUGAUGCUUAGAAUUCUGCAUAGGUUACAUGCAUAUUUAUUACAACAACAGAAUAAACAGCCUCAUUUUAAAGAUAAUGUGCAUUCCCAAAAGUGGCUUACAGAGUUCUUUGAAAAUUUAGGAUCAAUGAAAAAAAGACUCAACAGGUUCUCUAUCAUUUUGACUAAAGCAUUUCAAAACGCUGUAAUUUAUAACGUCAAAGACGCUUCCAAAAUGACACAGCUGCUUCAUCACUUUGGAUAUUUUCUGAUUUACUCUGGAGAUGAUGUUAAAAUGGAUGGAAAAUACGUCUUCGGAAGCCCAGAAUUACUGGGCUCAAGUUCACAGGAAAUUAUAAAUAUUCUUGAAAAUCACGAUAUCGGAUCUGAUAUAAUACCAAGGUUACAGAUUGAGAAUAGUCUUAUUCUUUACAACGCAACAAGCCCCAUCCUCGAAGGGUUUUUUCCAGGGGAUAAAAAAUUUAGAGGGAACGGAUCGCAAUCAAAGCUUAGUUCGACCAGUGGCACAUCUAAGAAUUCAAAGUUUCAUCCCUUACCUCAUUUUGAAGACCUCAGUGCCCUCCAAAAAGAACUGGGGGAUAUUGAGGCAAGAUUACAGUCCUUAGGUCAUCUGAUCAUAUUCUGUAUUGAGGAUCCCAUACUUUGGAAAGGACCUGUUGUUAGUUUUUCAGGCAUUCGUCUGGGUAGCUUUCAUGCUGGCAUGAAGCCCGGUACUAUGAUUUUGAUGAAUCAAGGAUCUAACAUAGCUCUUUCGUGUCAAAGCUCCACAUUUGAAAGGUCGCAGUGUGUUUUCUUUAUGGAAAGACGAUGUUCCCUUAAAUCAGUUGAAAGUAAUCUCCAGCGAAUUAACAAGGCCUAUUUUAGGUUGGCUUAUACUGUACUGAGUAAUGUUGAUAAAACAGUGGCUAAGUUCCGCUCUAUUAGCUGUGCCAAUGAUCCGGUAAACAGUAUCUUCGUCUUCACAAAGGAUUUCGGGCUGAAUUUUCUGAAGACUAACGUUGCUGAUCCCGAAAAGAAGUCUAUUCUUGUACACCUCAUGGUUCAAAUGAGCAUUAAAUGGCUGACGUUUCUAGUAAAUGAUUGUGAUGUUUUCGAUGAAAGGACAUUUAGAUGGUGUAUUCCUGCUCUGGAAUAUGCCGUUCGUGUCUUAGACGGGUUAAAUGUUUUGAUUUUAGACGAGGAUGAGUUUCGGCUACUCAAGAAAAGAAUAGCAAGCUGUAUGUCUUUACUCAUCUCUCAUUUUGAUGUGAUGGGAGCAAGGACUUUUGAGACAGCAAAAAAACUACAUCAGCCCAGAUCAGACAAAUUUGAAGCCGAACACAAGGUUGACGAUGAUGAAGUCAUGUUAGGUCUGAAUUCGCAGGUUCGUGUCAGUGCAAUUGUAGCAAUGGAGCAAGCGAAUGCAAGUAGAAAUACUUUUAAGAUAGGGCACGUUGUAGACGAUGCAGACGAGGAUAAUCGUUUUAUCCUAUCACUUGUGUCGUCUCUUUCAAAUGUUUCGAUCAGAUGGCAAAAGCGCGACUUUGUCGGUAGCGGCAACUUUGGUACAGUGUUUUCUGCUGUGAACCUAGACACGGGCGACAUAUUGGCUGUUAAGGAGAUCAAGCUUCAUAAUGUAAAGAAAAUGGAGCGCAUUUACUCGUGCAUUAAGGAGGAGAUCGAGAUUAUGGAGAGGUUAAAUCAUCCGAACGUCAUCAAUUGCUACGGAGUGGAGGUCCAUCGGGAUAAACUAAACAUUUUCAUGGAUUACUGUGAAGGUGGAUCACUAAGCAGUUUGUUGGAUCACGGACGAAUUGAAGAUGAAGUUGUAACCCAAGUGUACUCCUUAGAGCUACUAGAAGGUUUGGCGUACCUCCACAGGUCUGGAGUAGUUCAUCAAGACAUUAAACCACAAAAUAUCUUGCUCAAUCAUAACGGUUUGAUCAAGUAUGUCGAUUUUGGCACUGCAAGGAAAAUCACUGCUAAUGAGAGUGCGUCAGUCAAUUUGGAUGGGAAAGUGUUGACUCCUCCCCCGGCAUCCGGUGGCACCGAUAAAAAAUUUGAUACAACAGUCAGGGACAUGAUCGGGACCCCAAUGUACAUGGCGCCGGAAGUAGUGAGUGGGUCAGAUAGGAGCGGUUGCUACGAAUCCGGAGAUAUAUGGUCGCUUGGUUGCGUGAUACUAGAGAUGGUAACGGGCAAGAGUCCCUGGUGGAAUCUAGAAAACGAAUGGGCUAUAAUGUACCAUGUGGCUGCAGGCCACACCCCACCAUUACCGAGCGAGAAUGAGAUCUCUGAUUUGGGUAGGGAGUUCUUGGAACGAAUGUUGGUGGCCGAUCCGAAGAAAAGGGCCACGGCGGUCGAACUGCUGGUAGAUCCCUGGAUUGUGCAGAUCAGGGAACUGGCGUUCAAACCGAAUGAGGAAACGUAA